AUGAAUGUGGAAGUAGCAGAUGCACGUAAGAGACGUUCACUGAUUUCUGACUUUGCGACUGCACCCGCACCACCUGUCUUCGCAGCACCGAUUCGGUCGAAUUCAUCAGUUGGUGAUGUGGUUUUGGAGGCGCAACGAAUGAAUCCAAUGCGAGAGUUGAUUUCAUCGGCGAGUGAAGAGAGUAUUGAGAAGAAGAAAAACUCAAUAACGGAUCGAUUGGAGGUGGUCGAAAAAGAGAAGAAACAUUUAGACAUACAACUGACGAACAUUCAGCGCAAAAAGGAGCAACACGACAGUGAACUGGCAAAAUUGUCGAAAUUGGGUGAUGAAAAGGAAGCCGAGCAAGACAGCGAAGAGUUUGCUGACGAAAGUACAAUGAGUUUGGUGGAGAGGAUCUAUGCUGAGAAUCGUAAAAAAGCCGCCGAAUCGCAUGCGAAUGCGAAAAAUACACCUGGUUUACCUCCAUUAUUAGCCGGAAGUGUGCCAUUGUAUCAACAUCCAUCGGAUUGUCCGUUGGUGCAAGAAACAAUGGAACGAUACAAAAAAGUGAAACCUUUAUUGGUGGAAAUGUUAAUUGAAAAAGGCAAAAAAGAGGCAUUCGCGCAAAAGUAUCAAACUGAAAAAUAUAAUGUGAUGUAUGCGGAAUGGUUAGCAAAAGACGAGCGAUAUUGUAAAAGUCAGAAGAAGAUGGCUCGAGAUGAGAAACAUCGUGAAAUAUUCGAGAGGACAUUUCCCGAGCUGAAGAAAGCACGUGAAGAGCGUGAACGUAACAGUCGAAACAACGGUAACGGUGACGGAAAUGGGACGAGAAAAACUGAAGCUGAGGAGGAAGAUGAGAAGAAACGACGUGCGGCAGCCGCACUUCCACCGAUGAUGUUGAGUGCUCGUGAUCGGCGCGGUGUGUUCUACAUCGAUUUGAACGGCGUCGUACGGAAUCCACUCGAAGCACACAAUAAUUUUGUGGAGAAUUUCCUUUCAACUUGGUCCGAAGAUGAGAAAUUGAUGUUUAAAGAGCAAAUCGUUGCGUACGGAAAGAAUUUCGCUGCCAUUGCGGAAUUUUUGGAUCGGAAAACUGUGAAAGAUUGUGUCUUGUAUUAUUAUUUGUCAAAGAAACGUCAGAACUAUAAAGCGCUGAUGGGCAAACGUCGUCGUAAACCAGCCAAAUACUACAAACCACCGGUUAUGCCGAAAGCCGAAGAAGUGCUGAUGCGUGCUCCACAGGAUGCGGGCAGUGUGCCGUUGAAUGGGCCAAAAGAAUACGAAUGUUGUGUGUGUAAUUGCAAAAUUGAUAAUGAAACCAAUCCGGGUCGUGUGCUCACGCGUGCUUCAUACGAAGCACACGGCGUGGACGCGAAUCAAGCGAAUCCAUCGGAUGUUCGAAUCUGUCAAAAGUGUCGAAUGAAAGCAGUGAAAUCAAAAAAUGCAACUCGUUGUCAAGUGGGCACUUGUCAUAACGCUAGACGAAAGGUGAAACCGACAAGACCGAUGCCACCAAAAUGGAAGUCAAUGAACACCGAGCAACGAGAGUUUCUCAUGCACCAUAUGCUCAUUCCUGACGGCGUGAUGAAAUGCUGUCCAGCAUGCCACAAGAAAAUCACUAAAAAACUUGAUAUGGUAAGUAUGAUUGGUUCGUUUGAGUGUUUAAUGUGGUGUUGA